AUCUAUCAAUAAGAAAAUUAGUGAGGAGGCUAAUACAGAGGAGGAGGAUAGAGUCACCAGGAUUAAGGAGAGGAACAAAGAUGCAAGGAUGAAUGUAUUCAAAAGGGAGAGUCAUGACACUGCGUCAACUCGAAACAAUAUCAAUGUUCCAGCAGCAGGAGUAAAAAGUAGGAAAAUAAACAGUUGCGAUUGCCACUGGCUUCCCAGGCCAUGGAAAAACACGAGGUUAACAAUGGCAUCAUCUCAGGUAACGAUGCAAACGAUGAAUAUGUCAAUGUGCAUUUCUUUAUUGGUGAUCAGAGGGAAAUUGCUUGUUUUCGACCCGACCAAACCACUCAUGCAGAAAUUAAAGAUCUCUUUAGAAGUGCAGCAGAGGCGGGUCCUCUGGAUAUAUUAAAGCUUCGCAAGGGAAACAAAAUUUUUAACAUUUCGCCGCAUCUGCCUGGGAAUACACCUGACGACCCAUAUAUUCUUCAGGUAGUUGGUGCUCAUCCAACUUCAGUACAGAUGAUCGAGGUGGACCUAUUACGUGCCUUCGAAAGGCGAAUAGGAGCUCUUGAGCGAGAAGUUCGAGACCACCAGGAUGCAGCCGCUGCAGCACCGUGCUUCGCACUCCGAGAGCUCAAGAAACAAGUCGACGCUUUCAAAAAAAAACUGGAGACCACCGAACACCUUAGUUGGCUUGGUUUCUACAAGCAACUUCCAGAGCCAAUAUCGUCCGAGGCAUGUCGUAAAUUGCAAUAUCGACGUAAAAGUGAUAGUAUCAAACGUAAAGUGCGAGAAAGAUUUUUGAAUAUUUGUGAUGUCGUCGUAUCUUCGAGUGUUCGCGAAUGGCUGCGUUCGCCUGCCUUUGAUGCACGACAAUGGGAAGAUGAAGAAUUGCUCCUCAUGCUCCAAACUAUGUUCGUGGAACUUGAACUGCCACAUAAAUUUAACAUACCCUUAUCAACGUUACGAAACUUUAUCUAUGAGGUAUACAAUAAUUAUAACGAAGUGCCCUUUCAUAACUUCAGGCAUUGCUUCUGCGUUGCACAGAUGAUGUACGCAAUGGUAUGGGCCGUCAAUUUAGUGGCAAAAAUCGGCGACUUGGAGGUUCUUGUACUGAUCGUUUCAUGUAUAUGUCAUGACCUUGAUCACCCAGGUUAUAACAACAUCUAUCAAAUUAACGCUCGCACAGAGCUAGCUCUGCGCUAUAAUGACAUCUCACCUCUUGAAAAUCAUCACUGUUCUGUGGCCUUUCGUGUCCUCGAGGCACCCGAAUGUAAUAUUUUGGCAUCGCUGGAUUUGGCAACAUAUAGAACAAUUAGAGAAGGCAUUAUACGAUGCAUACUCGCUACUGACAUGGCGAGGCACAAUGAGAUACUCGCCCAGUUUACCGAUAUUGUGUCCGAUUUCAAUUACACCAGCAAGUCACACAUUAAUCUUUUGUCAAUGGUGUUGAUAAAAGUAGCGGAUAUCAGUAACGAGGCACGGCCAAUGGACGUGGCUGAACCUUGGCUAGACAGUCUUCUUCAAGAAUUCUUCAAGCAAAGUGACGCUGAGAAACUCGAGGGCCUUCCAGUCACACCAUUUAUGGAUCGAGACAAAGUGACUAAACCCUCAUCCCAAUGUAGCUUCAUUGGCCUAGUGCUGCUACCUCUCUUUGAAAUCCUCGGCGAGCUAUUCCCUGAACUACAAGAGCUGAUAGUGGCGCCAGUACGAUAUGCUUUGGACUACUAUCGGCGGCUAAACGAAGCGGCAAAGGAUGAGCGGCAUCAGCGCAAAAGUAUAAUAGAACUGGGGGAGCCAAGUGGUUCCUCUGGGUUAGGACUCCUUUCAGACGCAUCUUCAAAUAUUUCAGUCAUUCCCGGCCGUACUGGAUGUGUGGUUAUCAAAUCCAACUCUUCGUAUAGUAUGCGAUCACGGCGUUCUACGGGUACCCUCCAAUCGCAAUCACGAUCUAUCGAGGACGAAACACCGUAUAAACUUGCAUUCGAAGAGGCUUCUGAUCAUGAAAGUAGUGAUCCCGAAACUGCGACUGAGGUCGAAGUCAGCGAAAAGACCCUCAAAUUCAAGAUAUCAACAGAAAGCAGAGUAGAUGCAAACUAUACUCAGGGCCGAAAAUCAUAUCCUGGUAGUCGCAAGGGCAGCCGUGAGAAAUCCUCAUUAGAUCACUAUAAUCACGAUUUGGCGAAAGCGAUACAGGAACGUGAACAUGAGAAUCAACGUAGUCGAGGUGAUACCCUCAGUAGUGACAUAAGCUCACCGAUUAGCACACGCUCUAAUGACGGUUCGCGGAUUAUUCGGGAGAUCGAGCGUGAUGAGCAACAACGGGUAGUUAUCAUGCUCGAUGAAACGAAAACGGCCGAGGACAAUAGUAAUCUCAUCCUUAAUAUAACCCAGCAACAACGUAAUAACCACUUUAAUAACCUUACCCUAAGCAAUGAGGGAGCUUGUCACGAAACUAAGUCCAUCAUCUCUAGACACCUCAUCAAAGAUGUUGUCCGAUGUUGCUGUGACGAUAAACCAAGUCCAAAUAAUCACAAAUCCUUGCUGUCGCGUUUACGUAAUUUGACGGAUCGAUUGAGUAUGAGCUUUGAUUCCAAGGAAAUACCGAUAACAAAAUCCGGGAAGUUUCCUAUUGUCAAGGUUCUAAAUAAGGAUAUAUCGAUCACUAGUAGCAGCAGCGGAAUAAUAUCUGGUCCAUCAAUACAACAUAAUAACGUUAUAUCUAUAUGUAAGAAAUGCAACCUCUCAAAAGUCCCUAAGGAACUACAAGGAUCAAAUUUAACAACUCCUGAAAAAUUACCUAGUCAUGUAAUAGAAAAACGAUCUAUGACGCUUCCUAAAAUAAGGCGAUCACAAGACUGUAAAAACAAAAGUUGGCGAAUGGUAUUUGCCAAAGAAAAGAGGUCCUCUGUCUCAUUGGAGGCUCUACCGCCUGAAUGUGAAUCUACCAAUAUAAAAAAAUUCUACUCGAAACACCGUCGCAAUUUCUCAAAUCCUGAGGGUAAGAGUCAGGUUGAAAAUAUUUCUUCCAAAAACCAAAGUCCUUCAAUCAAGCAACAGAUAAGCUUUAAUGAAAUUAAUGUACAUCUAAGUAAACCAAAGAUCUUUGUUAAUCAAAUUAAUCCUGGUAGUUCAAAUGCAAUUGAAAAUAUAGGUAAAGUGGAGAUUCGCAGAAGCUCAGCGAGCAUGGAAGAUAUUUCAAAGAUUAUGAAACAAACUGAAGUGGGACCUCUGGGUUGCUUGCUUGAACAAAAAAAAUCCGAGGAAUGCCAGCAACACUCUGGAAGUUUAGAUUCAGUGUUGUAUAAAGAAGUUGGAAGCGCGCAUGUAUCAAAAAAGCAGGUAAUCAUAUAUGCAGUGAGCUCUUCGUCAACGACUCAAACGAAGAAGCCCUCGGCCAGUCUUUUCUCUCGCAUCAAAUCUGGUAUAACCAUUGAGACUGGGGGAACCAAGUAUAGUAAUAGCGAUUCUCUCCACGACCAACAAACCACCAGCUGGAUAUCAUCACUAACAGCGAGCUUUCGACCACGUAAACAAGCCUAACCCUUAAUGAAGCAACCAGGAUCACCGAGCCGUGGGGAAAUUAAAUAAUGCAAUCAGAGCAGUUAAAUCAAGUCAACGACGACAUUAAUCUUAGACUAUUCAUCAGAUAGGUUAUUUUGCUGUAAAGGUUUAGGAACCUGACUAAGCAUCAACUACUCAAAUUCAAUUAGCACUUUAUUUUCGUUUUGAAAUGGCACAUUGAUAUUGUUUUUACUUUU